CAUAGUGGCUCUGUCUCUCAUCGCACAAGGUUGAAUUAUUAACCCUAUCUCCCAUUGUUAAGGGUUUCUCUGGAUUGUACAAGUCAUUACUCAAAUAAAUUUAGCUGUUGUUAGUAUAGAAAUGAGUGUUAACUGGGUGUGGAAAAUUUCAAGACCCAAACAUUAUUGACAAACUCAUUUCAUCAUAUAUUAGGAAUAUAAUUUGUGUUAGCCAUGUCACUUCGAAAGCUAGUUGAAGGGGAGUGUGGAGGUACUAAUUCUUUAGUUAGCCUCUCUUCUCAUUUUGUACAAGAUAGAGGGUUGAAAGAUGAAGGGUUUCACAGCUUUCCUCACCAGGAUAGUUUGCCAAACACUAAUGUCGAUCAGCUGGUGCACGAGUUUUUUGAAGAAACUAGUCAUUCCGCUCAGCCAUUUAGGAUGGAUUCCUUGUUGGCAGAGAUGAGGGAUUUGGAAAGUCGGGGAGCUGGGCCAGUGAGAUCUGCACCAAUAUCUCAACUUGCGAUUGAAGGAGAUGUCCAGGAAUGGGCUCAGCAGUACCUUGAGUCAGGAAAAAGUUUCCAGGAAAUUACUGGCGAUGGAAUAUGGUCUCAUGAAGACAGGCCAGACCCUUUCGAUUCAGCGUCUUUAGACUAUGACUUAGGUUUUGGGCCUAGGUGGGCCGAUGAUUAUUUGCAAAGAACUCGAACUCAGUCUUUGGAUGAAGCAGUUCCUUUGCCAGACUUGUCUAACUCUGAAGAGUACAAAGUCGAAGAAGAUAUUGCUGCCACUGCUGGUGAAAUUCUGACUAACACCGCCUUGGAUCCAAGGUUUUCAUAUUCCAAGUUUAUGAAAUUCAUGAAGCAAAUAGAGGAUCGUGAAGUCACCGUUGGGAAAGAUGGUAAAUUAAAUCCUACCGAGGCGAAAACAGCAGCUGGUCAUUGGAGCCUUGAAUUUCAAAAUGAUCCGGAAUAUGAAAAAACUACAAAGUGGUCAGAACAGUUUGAAAAAGAACAGGAAACAUCAGCUAAGUGGACAGAACAGUUCUUGAAAUCUGAAGUUUUAGGAAUGAAUGCAACUUCAGAGGAACCAUUUAAUAAACAGCUUUGGGACAAACUGACAGAGCAGUGGAAGAAUAUUAGUCCUACUUUAGCUGAAACCCAGUCUUGGGAUUCUGAGUUCAAUGAUUUUUCAACUGAAUUUAAAGAAUACAACUUUGCCAAAGAAAAUCCUUUGACAAAUACAGAUAAUCCUUUGGCAGAAGGACAGAGAAGGUUAGCGGCCGGGGAUCUACCAAGUGCUGUUCUUUGUUUCGAAGUUGCUGCUCAGCAAGAGCCAGAAAACCCUCUGGCAUGGCAGCUACUUGGGACAACUCAAGCAGAAAAUGAACAGGACCCUCAAGCAAUUGCAGCCUUGAAAAAAUGCCUUCAACUGCAACCGAAUAACCUUACGGCUUUGAUGGCGUUGAGUGUCUGUUAUACUAAUGAAAAUUUUCAAAAUCAAGCUUGUAGAGCAUUAAAGGAAUGGCUUCGUAUGAAUCCUAAAUAUUCUGAUAUAGUUCCAAGUGAUGAACAACAGUCACAAAAAUUUCCUGGUGUUUCCUCAUUUCUUUCAAGAGAAAUGUAUAACAUGACGAAAGAGAUGUUCUUGGAAGCAGCUAGAAGAAACCCUCUAGAUUUAGAUCCUGAUGUUCAAUGCGGCCUGGGAGUUCUGUUCAACAUUUCAUCAGAAAUCGAUCUAGCUGUGGAUUGUUUUAAAGCAGCACUUCAAGCUAGGCCCAAUGAUGCAUCUCUAUGGAAUCGACUAGGAGCUACCCUUGCAAAUGGAGAUAGGUCAGAGGAAGCAGUUGAUGCUUACCGAAGUGCUCUCCAACUUCAACCUGGCUUUAUUAGGGCUAGGUAUAACCUCGGCAUUACUUGUGUCCACUUAGGAGCGUAUAGGGAGGCAGCAGAACAUUUGUUAACUGCAUUAAAGCAGCAAUCAAUAGGGCGUGGACCUCAAGGGGGUGAAACCAAGGCAUCGAUGUCUGACACUAUAUGGAAUACUCUAAAACUUGUUUGCGCUUUGUUGGAAAGGUCGGAUUUAAUGGAUGACAUAAAUGAGAGGAAUCUGUCAAAACUCAAUGAAGUAUUUGGAAUCGAGUAAAGAACAAAGAGUAGAGAGCAAACCUCAAUCCAUGUGUUAAAUAGUAAAUCCAGUUAAAAGCUGUUGUAAUUGACCAUGCUGAAUAUUAUGUAAAGGUGUGAGAUCAGGUGUAUUAGCUGAUUACUACAAGUCUAUACCAUUUGACAUUGUAUAAAGUUAAAAAGCUCUCUUAAUUUUUAAUUUAAAAUAUUUUUUUGGUUCGAUACCACUUAAUAAAGUAUGAAGCCAGUCCUCCAUUUUCAGCAAGAGUUGGAAGCUUUUGGAUAAAAGAAAGUAUAAGAAGGAAUAUGAACAUAAUCUAAAAUGAAAUCCUUCUUUCUUUAUAAUGGAGGUCUCAUUUUGAAGGCUUCUCCACUAUGGAUGUGCCCAUUCGGCAUGGUAUAUAACCCUAUUGCUCAUAUUUUAUUCGCCUCAGCCAAAUAAUGCCUAAUCAUAGUUAUUUGGUUAGGGCUUGGUGGUUUGGCGGGAGACCUAUUUGAGAGUUGAAGUGGCAGUGAUGUGGAGUGACUGACCUGGCUCAAGAUUUAAUUAUUUGUAUUCUAUUGUUGCUUACAGGUGUAAUUUAGUAAUUUAUUGUCAGGUAAUUAACUAACAAAUCCUUAGGAUUUAAGUAUAUUAUUUGAUGUCCAUUCAUAACUAUUGAGACGUAUUAUAUAUGGACGUAUUAAGACAUGGUUGUCUGAAAUUCAUUUUUCAUAUCCUUCAUUAUAAACCAUAGGAGGUUCCUUUUAUUGAAAGGACUGCAAACUAUCUUUCUCUUAAAGAAUUUUAAGUGUUCGCGAGACUAAAUUACUUCUAAAAGUUUUAUAUUGACUUUAUUUCUGCUUUUUUUUUUUAAAAAUGAAUUUCACUAUCAAUUUAAUGCAAUAAUAAUUAAAUAACGCAUGUAAGCAACACUGAAUGCCAGGAGAGGUCUAUUGAAGAAAAUAUUCUGGUAUGUUUUAUUUGUAUAUGUUGUUAUAUUGGCCUUAAUGAAGUAAAUCAAUUGAUGAUUGAUUACCCUGAUCAUAUUAGUUAUCGCUUCAUUGUUAUUCCUAACUGUAUUUGUUUUAUGUAUUCAUUUCAAAAGAACAUUUUUUAAAAUGGAAUAACAAUUAAUAUAUUUUUUUUAUCCUGUCUAGAUUUUUGUAUUUUAAUGUAUUUUUUUUUAUAUAAAAAAAUAUGAAAAUCCAUAUUUUAAAUGCUGUAUAUUUUAGAAUUCUUAUAUAUGUUUUAGAAUUCUCGAAAGUUGAGUAUUUCUGGUUAUAAUUGGG